UAUGGGUCAUCUUUUUAGACAUUAAUAAGGAGAUGCAGGUAAUUAUGUAUCUUUAAUUAACAGUAGCUCCUGCUAUAGCCAAUAUUCCAGCACCUUAAGCAUCCAAUAUUGAUUAUGAUUGGGUUCUAAUUUCAGGGUUCAUUAUAGUGUUGACAUAAGUGGGAUUUGCAUUUAUUGAAGCAGGAUCUGUGAGAUAUAAGAAUUCUUAAUCAAUAGUGAUAAAAGUCAUAUUGGGUUUAUUUUUGACUAUUUUAAUAUGGUGGUUGGUAAGAAAUAAAGUUAAAUAAAUAUAGUUUGGAUAUGGAUUCUCAUUUGGAUAUGAUUUCUAAACAAACUUUAUGGGAGGUACAAAAUUAGGAGGAUCAAAUUGGGAAGCAAAUCAAUACGGAAAUGAUUAUACAAACUUUGGUAUUUCUGUUAAUAUUCAAAUUUAUGUUUAGUUUUCAGAGCAUCAGGUGCAGCAAUUGCUGUAUCAGUAUUAUCUGGAGCAGCUGCAGAAAGAAUGACAUUCUUAGCAUGGUCAAUAUUAGCUAUAGUAUAUGCAGGAUUCAUCUAUGCUGGAUUAGCACAUUGGACUUUAGGAUAAGGAUGGUAUUGAUUAAAUGAGAAAAUAAAUAGGUUAACAACUUUGGGAUAUAAAGAUUUCUCAGGAGCUGGUGUUGUAUUUUUUGCUGCAGGUGUUGCUGGAUUAGUUGUUACAGUAUUAUUGAAACCAAGAAGAUUCAGAUUUGAUCCAAAUACAACUUUAUAAUUCUAAAGACAUUCUCCAAUUUAUAUUGCUUUUGGAUCAAUUUUAGUCUUUGCUGGAUGGUUAUUCUAUAAUGGUGGUAUUGUAGCAUAAGGAGCUCAUUCUAAAUACACAUAAGGAUUAGUUGCUGUCAAUACUUUGAUUGCUGGAGCUACUGGUGGAUUCUUUGCUUUUAUCAUUAGAUAUUUUUAAUAUGAAACUACAAGUUUAGUUGCCUUAUCUAGAGGUAUUAUUAGUGCUUUAGUGGCUGUAAGUGCUGCUACUGAUGAUAUGAAACCAUGGACUGCAUUCAUUUAUGGUCUUUUGGCUGCAGUUUUUUAUAGUGUUUUGGCAAAAGUAAUUCCAAAAGUACAUAUUGAUGAUCCUGUUGAGGUUGUACCUGUGUUUUUGGUAUGAUCUUAUAUUUAUUGAAUAGGGUAAUGGAUUUUUGGGAAUCUUUUUGUCAGCAUUCUUUGACACCAAAGCAGGUGUUUUUUAUGGAUUCGGUGCUAAAUUAUUAGGAAUGUAAUUGUUGGGAUUAUUGAUCAUAUUUGUAUGGGUUGCCUUUUUCGUCUUGAUUACAUUGCUUAUUUUAAAGGGAUUCGGAGUACUUAGAAUAGAUUCAGAAACUGAAAGUGUUGGUAUUGAUAAGGCACAUUGUAAUUAAAUUAAAAUUAUCUUUAGGUUUGGGUGAAGCCAUUGUUUUUGCAAAUUAAAUAGAUGAAGUUCCUCUUGUAUAAAAAACCGAAAUGGUUCAAUUAGGAAAUAGCCAAAUUGGAUCAGGAUUUAGACCAGGUUUCAGAUGAUA